AUUUUGGAAACCAUAACAACCAGGCAGUCAGUCAAAAUAAACAAAUCUGAGGCAAACGAGUAAAUAAAUUUGCAAAAUAUUAUAAAUUUAUUUAAACAAAAAUUAUUUGGAAAAUUCGCAAAAGAAAAUGUCAUUGACGGCCAAGAAUUCCUAUUGGACACGUGUUGUGGGUGAAAUUGAAAAGAAGUCUAUGCUGAAGACCCGUAAGGAGGCAAUCAAAAAAUAUUAUUUCUCGCUGACAUUGCCCAAGGCUCUGAGGAGAAGGGUUGCUAAAAUUUUACCCUAUGAGUUCGAUGAAUACGAUAAGAAUGUCUUUAUUGAAGAAUCAACAGUUGAAGCUCCAAUGACGCUUGAUGAGGGCGAUGAUGAGGAGGAGGAAGAGGAGAAAAAGGAAAAGAAAAAGCCCGAUGACUUCAAUGAAAGCACUUGCUCCGAAGUUGAAAGACUCGAACAUGAACAUCCCAAAUUUGUUUUAAAUUUGGAAAAACCUUUGGAGUACAAAGGCAAGCCGAAGAAGAAACACAACUGGCCUUCAACUUUCAUUUGUAAGCCACGUAAAAAACGAGUCUGCUGGGAUUCGAAAAUCUAUGACAUGGAAUGCAGUAUUUGGGAGAAAAGUUUAGACGAGCAAGCCGAACAACUUAUGGAUGCCUCAGCUGAACGCUUUACCACUUGGAUAAACUCAUUGGGCAGCAAUAGAGAUUCGGAUAUUUCCAAGGAAAAGCUUAAAGCUUUAUUUUCCAUUGAGGGUGAACGAAAGCUUUUAGCAUCGAUUGUAACCGAACCAAAAGAGGUAAAAGCCAUAGCCAAGACCGUGGCAGACAAAUGGAAUGUACCGGAGAUGGCAAUUGAGUUGAAAUAUGAAAACUAUAUCAAGAAUCGUUUGAAAAAUGUACCAAAGAAAAUUAUAACCGUGGCCUUUGGACGCACCAUUCCCGUCAAAGAUCGCCCCUGGCAGCCGUCUGAAUUUGACGAACCCAUACAUACGGUUUUCCCAGAUGAAUUGCUGACAAUGGAAAAGCUAUUCAAGGGCAUAACACAUCUACGUUCCACCAAAUUAUUGGUCGAUUUCUAUAAAGAACAGAACGAACUUGUGCGACCCUAUUAUUUGGUCAAAUCAGGGAUGUUCCGAGAGAAAACAAAGGCGCAAACCGUCACCGAAGUUCCUUUGUACGAACGAUUAAAACUAAAAUAUUAAUAAAACCAGUAAAGAAAGUCUUAAAGUCGGGCGGGGCCGACUUUAUGAUACCCUA